AUGCAUAUUGUCAUACUGCUCGCUCUUUGCCAUUUUACGACGAUUACAUCAGUCCCUAUUGUAUCGAAAGCGAUCAAUUGUAAGCAAUCGUGCGGAGUACCAUGCCAGGAAACACUGUACGAAACUUAUCUAACAUCUGCUGCCUGGCUCCAGCCUGCUGUUCAAUUCGAUCUUUUUGAAAAAUAUAUUAAAACGAAGUGUGAGAGUGUAAGAGAGGUAAGGUCGAGGUAUGCCAAGUACUACGAACGACAGCCAGGCAUAUCCGUGGAACACGAUGAUCGGAUCAGUGGGGGGAUGUUGUCCCUGUCCCUUUGGUUGGGUGUGACAGUGGCUAGUGGAGUGAAAGUCCUCGAGUUGAUCUACCUGCUUAUCAAAAGCUCUUUCAAGAAAACUAAGCCGACUCCAAAAGUUGAAAAGACUACUAAGAUUAAUUCUUUCGCAAAAUCGUCGACGAAAGUUGUAAAGUCUAAUAAAAUUACCGUCAUCGGCAGAGGUCCAGCAAGCGUAACUAAUGGAUGUAAGAGCAAAGGCAAAGGAAUCUAG